AUGACGCAUUUCAAAACGGUAUGUUUAAUUAUAAAUGACGAACUGAGGCAGAUUCGGCAAGAUCCAUUGAUCGACUCGGCCAUGUUUAAAGCGUAUGAACUUCUACGCAAGACUGCACUCGAUCACAAUCUUACACAUGAAUUGGCUGUUCCUCGAACUGUCAUCGUUGGCGACACGUCAUCGGGAAAGUCGAUGCUUGUUCAAAUGUUUCUUCGAUUUCCAUGUGCAUUCUCACAAGCUAAUGUUGGUACUCGAUGUCCCGUACAAUACAAACUGCGCCAUGAUCCAAAUUUAGCCGAUGGUGAAAUUCGCUUUAUUCAACCAAAACACUGGCGAGCUGAAGAGCUCAGCAAAAAUUUACAAAUGGAAAUGGUACGUAUUGAAAAUGACUAUAAGAACGAUGGUGGUUUUCGUCUGGAACCAUUUGUUGUUGAAAUUGCCAGCAAGCAUUACACGGACUUCGAAAUUCUUGAUGUGCCUGGUCUAGUCAGUGGUGAUCGAGAUCCAAACAAACGAGCGGCUGUUGAACGUAUUACAGAAUAUUACGUACGUGAUCCAAGCUUUAUGAUUGUCCAACUUAAAGAGGCUCAACAAUUAACCGAUAACACAUACGGAACACGACGUAUUGGUGAAUUGUGCACUGCUGAGCCUGCUCAUUGGGGUUCAAGUUUUCCUGCUCGAAAGGAUUAUGCGCAACACACAAUCACAAUCCAAACGAAAUUCGAUGCAUUUAUGCGCGAACAUGACAAUGGCACGGCAGCUAACGAGGAUAUUCGGACACGAAUCAACAAUUUUCCAAAUACUUUUUUUACCAACAUGGUUUUUGAUUUGUACAACUUUACUGAAAAAUCAUUUGAAGACAAUGUCAGAUAUAUUACUCGAUUACCAGAAACAGAAAAAAAGGAAGUUGACGAUUGGAUCAAUCGUAUAAAUGCAAAAGCAGGUACAAAUGAUGCUCGAUACCUAUUAUUCAAUCAACAAUAUCGUCCUUUAAUUGGCAUUGACAUUGUACGACAACAAAUUCAAGAAUUGUGGUUACGAGCAUUUCGUGCUGCUCUUCCGAGAUUAUUAGAUACGAUCAAUCAACUUAUUCAAAAAUGUUCAAAAGAAUUCGAUACAGCUCUAUUUAAUCUUGAACAACAAAAUCCACGUAGUGUGCGUAAUAAUUAUCAAAAGUAUAUCGAAACAUUUAGAACAACAAUCAGCGACUAUGCAGCCUAUCGAGCUGAAGUCAAUGCAUUGUUUCCACUGGAAGAUUAUGGACGAACGUAUGCACAAAUCGAAAAUGAAUAUAAUGAAUGGAAUCGUAAACAAUCACUUACAUGGCGUGCCUAUUUAUCAUCUGAACAGCUGAAAGAUAUUCCGAAUGGACAAGUAUUAGCAACACUGAAUUUGCAGUAUGUCGGCGCCCGACAUUUUGAACGCUUGCGACAGGUCUUUUCAUACAUGGUACUGUCACAUGAUGCAUUGAAGCGAGAACGCGAUUGGUUUGAAUCGUCACAAUCAUUAUUGUAUGGUGGUAUAAGUGAUUAUGAAAAUACCGAGAAAGCUGUACGUGAAUCACUUUUCACUUUGAUUCGUGAGACCUUUCUAAUCGGAAUCUGUUGGCUUACACAAAUGUAUACAUUUCUUACGGAUCAUUUUUCCAAUCAUGUAAAAUCUGCUUUGCUCAACACGAAAUUUUCCCAUUUGGAAGAACAUGUCAAAUUUUUAAGUCUGGUCGAUCUUGAAUAUCACACAGUUACACGUAAAUUUAUUCGAAAUGCUGUCACAGCUAUUAGAGAUGCACGAUAUGCCAAAAUGGUGUAUGCUGUUCAUAAUGUCUGCGGUACAUUGAAAAAUCUUGUCGGCUCAUUUUCAGCUAUGGAUAUGAUCAACAGAAAUAGUAAUGAUAAUGACGAUGAUAAUGAUAAUGAUGAAAAUAGUGAUAGCUUCGGACAAACAGCACUUAAGAUUGCUCAAGACGCUAUACCAAAAAUGAUGUCAGGUGCAAAUCCAGGAAAAUUUCUUACAAGUAAUCGAAAUCCGCAAACAGUCACCUAUUUGCCGCAAACGCGUGGUACUGUCGGUGAAUUGUAUACAGCUGUGCGUGGUCAGCUUCUUCAUGAUAUUACGACGAACUUUUUCGCCAAUCUUGUUCUCGAAAUUCAACAAUAUAAAUCCAUACCAAUUGCAAAUUCGCUACAAAAUCGUUUAAACCGCAUGUCGGAUAAGGAUAUCGCUCGUAUGGCCAAUAUUGAGAUUGAAAGUAGUCGUCAAAAAGUUCUUACUAACCAUGAAAAUAUCAAACAGCUUGAACAAGCACGUGAUGCUAUCGAAGAGGCGAGUGCACUUAUCUGUCAUAAGAAUGUGGACGACGACUUAUCGAAUUCGAACAACGAUAUCAAAAGACGCGUCCGAGACACACAUGCACAUACACGUAGCAAGCGCCUACGUGAUAUUGAGAAAAAAUUAAGAACACGUCAUCGACAUAAGGGAAAACCAGGACAAACAAUUAUACAACAGUCGGAUGAUCGACAUUCAUCAACUGGUGUUGUCAGUGAUCACAGUCAAGUUAUGGUCGAUUCGGACUCAGACAACGAUAAUAACGAAGAUGAAACGACCGAAAUCGAAGAUGAAUAUGAACUUAUGCAAUACGAUGAUAAAACAUCGAGUGAAACAUAUUUACUAGGCAUAUUCCGAAAACAUGACCAAGAAGAUCUCGAACUUGGAUUUCUUACUGGAGAUUCACUGAUAGCUGAUGUGAAAUUUGUUCAACAACGUCAACACCAACAACGAGAACACCAGCUCUUUUCUGCUCCAAAUGUUGAUUUAAAUUCAGAGACGAUAGAACAUGGUUUGGAACAUAUAGGAUCCGAUUUUGCUAGUACAACUUCAACGUUUCUACAGCACGACAAUGUUUCAACUUCCACUUUAUCAGACGACGAAGAUCGGAAGUCUGUUGUUGAAAAUCCGGUCACCACGAAAGGUUCGUUCUUCGCAUAG